AUAUAUUCUGUGUUUAUAUACACACGCAUUCUUUGCCAUUAACGUUAGUGAUCAAAACUUAAAAAAUGAGUAGAGAGUCUCAAGUUCUCCUGAUUCAAGUCUCUCUAGUGUUGCUUUUCUUUUCAGGAUUUCAUGGAUCUCUGUGCACUCAAGAUAGUGAUACUCUGGACUCUUAUUUAUUAAGUAAAAGUAAUCAUGAGGCCUCUCCAAACAUCUCUCCUAGCAUUGCUCCGGAAGCUAUGUUGCCUUCUUUAGCACCUUCACCGUUGAUGCCAAUGCCAUUUACAUACACUGGCGUGCCAAAGUUAUCAGGACAUUGUGCAUUCAAUUUUUCCGCAGCAGAUAGUAUUUUGCGAACAACAGCAACAGAUUGUUGGUCUUCACUUGCUCCAUAUCUUGCCAAUGUGGUAUGUUGUCCUCAAUUUGAUGCUAGCCUAGUAGUUCUUGUAGGACAGGCCAGUAGUGAAUCACAAAGGCUUGCACUGAAUGUGACUCAUGCUAGGCAUUGCCUAUCAGAUGUUGAACAAAUUCUAGAAAGUCAAGGUGCCAGUGAGAAACUUCUUGACAUUUGUUCAGUGGAUAUCUCCAAUCUCACAGAAUCAUCUUGUCCUGUUAUAGAUAUUAACGAAAUCGAAAGCACUUUAGAUACCUCAUCUUUGCUGGCUGCUUGUGAAAAAAUAGAUCCAACUACUGAGUGCUGUAACCAAGUUUGCCAAAAUGCUAUAUCAGAUGCAGCUGAAGUGUUAGCUUUCAGGCACAAAAAUGUGAGUGCCACCCUCGCUUUGGCAGAGAAAUCAACUCCUGUAAGUGACUGUAAGAGCAUUAUAUUACGAUGGCUGGCCAGCAAAUUUGAUCCUUCUUCAGCUAAUAGAAUCAUCAGAGUACUUUCAAGCUGUGAUAUAAACAAAUCAUGUCCGUUGGUGUUUCCGGACAUAAAGAACAUUUCCAAAGAAUGUGGAGAGGUAACAAGUAAUGAAACGUCCUGCUGCAACGCAAUGAAUAGUUACUUGUCGCGCUUGCAACAGCAGAGCUUUGUUACAAAUCUCCAAGCUUUAAAUUGUGCUACAUUGCUUGGCAAGAAGUUGCAAGAAGAAAAUAUCAUCAGUAAUAUUUUUGACCUUUGCCAUGUAAAUCUCAAGGAUUUUUCUAUUCAAGUCGAUGAAAAAGAAUCGGGAUGCCUCUUGCCGAGCUCGCCUACAGAUUUAACAUAUGACCAGACUUCAGGAAUUGGCUUCAUUUGUGAUCUUAAUGACAAUGUGGCAGCUCCUUGGUCCUCAACAUAUUCUCGUGCUGUUUCUACCUGCAACAAGACUGUUGUACUUCCAGAACUUCCCAAGGCAACAUCCUCUCAGCUCAGUAAAGGAGUCUACAUCCAAGAUAUGGUGUAUGCCCUGCUUUUUGCUUCAUCAAUGGUCAUGCAGUUGCUCAUUUGACUCUGCUGGAUCACUUGAAUUUUCAUCAAAGAAAUACUAUGUUAUAUAGUAGUAACACUUAUAGACAAC